GCUAGAAAAUGUCCAUAGAAUUUAGGCUAUAAAAGUAUCACAGCGCCCAGCCUUCCCUGAGGAAGACACAAUCCAAGAUUUCAAUUGAGCCAGAAGCUGGAGGUCUCGGAGAUUGUAGUGGAGAAUCUUCUAGCAAAGUCAUCUCUGGGGGAAAAGCACCCAGAAACAGAGACUGGAGCAGGUCCAGCAGAAGCAGGGCAAGGCCACCUAGAAGACAACAGUAAUGACAACUGCAGUUGUCGAGGAAAGCGUGAGUGCAGGAAGAAGAGGAGGAGAAGGAAGAAGAAAGCCUUAUGGUGGCUUUCCGGGCAAAGGCCCCGCCCUCCCUCCCUUUAGUCAUUCUCCCCCACUACAAAACCAGGCUAUAGCCUCCAGAAUUCUGAUGGAGCUGGAGGCCAAGUGGAACGGCAGCUCAGAGCAAGUGGAAUUCAGCAGGAUGUCCCCAAGAAGCCAGGGAUUCACUAAGCUGCCUGGCCAGAAGACCUGUAGGAAGACUGUACUUCUCUUUAUCUUUGUGCUGCUGAUCUCCGUGGCUCUAUGGGGAACACUUCUAUUCUUGUUCCUAACUCGGUUCAAAGAGAUAGCCCAGGACUUGGAGAAGCUGCAGGAGUUCUGUGCGUACCACAAUGACUCUGGGAUUGUGACGAUCAUUAGUCAGCUACAGAGGGAUCAGUGGAACCUCAAAAACAAUGUCCCUCAGCUCUCCAAGGCCCUGAACAAACUCCAGGAAGACCAAACAACCAUGAAAUCUAAAGCCUCUCAGAUCGAUCAACAACUGGACAGACUUGAAGCUGACAAAACAGCCUUCAAGUCCCAGGUGCUGAAUGAGAAGAACACUGCUACUCAGGCUCGGGAAAAACUGCAGGAAGAGAUCGAGAAGCUUUGGACUGAAUUCCAAAGGGCAAAUGGAUGGAGAGUUCUCCCCUCUUCCCCCUCCCCAACCUCCACUGCUUCUCAGCUCUCCCAGGGACUGGACAGGCUUGAAGAAGACCACACAACCAUGCCAACUCAGGGCUCUGUCUGUACAAAUUGCCCAGAAGACUGGCAACUGUUCCAGAAAAAAUGCUACUUUUUUGGGAAGGAGUCCAAGACAUGGUCCCAGGCCAAGUUUGCCUGCAUCAACCUUCAGGGCCGGUUGGUUAGCAUCAAAAGCAAAGAGGAGCAGGCCUUCCUAACCCAGAAGGCCAGCCAGAAGGGUUCCUGGAUUGGCCUCCGAGAUCUGGACACAGAGGGCGAGUUCACAUGGGUGGAUGGGAGUCCCCUGACCUACAGCAACUGGAGCCCAGGGGAGCCCAACAACGAGGGUGAGGGGGAGGACUGUGUGGCAAUGCGUGCCUACAAUGGCCGUUGGAAUGAUGCCUACUGUCGGGGGCAACAGGAUAGCUGGAUCUGUGAGAAGCCAGCCACAUGCUGACCAUUGACCAUGGCCAACGGCCUACAACCUGAGGCUAGCAACCAGCUUUAGCCCUGACAUGGCAGGGUCAAAAGGUUUCUUAUUUCUCAUCAAGAAGGAACAGGAAGGAAUUCCCCUCCUAAUUCCGGACCUGAAACUUUAUGUCCCUGAUCCUGCAUCCUGGGCCAGCUUCUGGCCCUCCCAUUCCCUUGGCUCUCUGCCCUACUCCAGGCCUUCCUACUCCUGGACUAGGGCUUAAACCCCAAACCCCAAACCCUCAGUCCCCAGGCCCUUCCCUGAGCUGGGAAGGAACAACAACCCUCGUCCCAGCACUUUCCCUGAGGCUGAAGGAAAGGCCAGACCUCCAGUCCCAACCUUCCCUGAACUCUAAGCCUUCCAUCCCAGGAUGCCCAGAUGCUCACAAUCUUACCUGCUUCCUCACCCACCAAAGAUUCUUGGAUAGAGUUUCCAAGGUAUGCCGGGGAAAGCUGAUUUUGUUCUGGCUCUUCCCUUCCUCCCACUCUGCCCCAGUGGGUCAAAGAAUGGGGUCAACUUCAUACUGUUUUUCUCUCAAGAGAGGAAUUGUGUCCAUAGGCCAGGUCAACAGCAGCCUACCAGUGACCUGGGAAGCUUGGGUUUUUUCUCAUGUUUUCUGCAAACAGAAGCCUCCUGGGUUACUCUCACCAUCUCUGGUCCUGACCUCUGUUCCAAAGCAGCCACCCCAUUCAUAGAUGGGAGCACUAGGGCUUCGAGCCCAGCCUAUGGCACAAUAAAGGUCUAGGACCGCACA